AUGCUGAGAAUACACCUUCGAACUAAAUCUACUAUGUCUGGCGCUAAGGCUUUCAAUUAUCCACAAGAAUUUAUCAACUUCUUGAAUAGUUCUCCAACACCAUACCAUGCUGUUCAUAACAUCAAGUCUCAUUUCUUAUCUAAGGGAUUUAAGGAAUUGAAAGAGACUGAUUCAUGGGAUAAAUCUUUGGAAAGAGGUAGCAAGUACUUUGUGACCAGAAAUAACUCUUCUAUUGUCGCAUUCGUUGUGGGAAAGGAAUGGGCACCAGGCAACCCAGUGGCUAUUGUUGGUACACAUACUGACUCUCCAGUGUUAAGGAUUAAACCAAUUUCGAAAAGAGCUAGUGAAGGCUUUGCUCAAAUUGGUGUUGAAUGCUAUGGUGGUGGUAUUUGGCAUUCAUGGUUUGAUUCAGAUCUUUCUAUUGCCGGAAGAGUCAUGGUUCAUGAUAAAGAUACCAAAAAGACAGUUGCAAAGUUAGUGGAUUUAAAGAAACCAUUACUAAAAAUACCAACAUUGGCCAUCCAUUUAGAUAGAGAUGUGAAUGCAAAGUUUGAGUUCAACAAAGAAACUCAAUUGCUUCCUAUUUCAGGUUUAUCAUUAAAUGAUAAGAAGCAAGAAGAAGCAAAGAAAAUAGAUGGUUGUUGUGGUGAUUCUCAACCAUUAUCCGAGGCCCAAUUCUCCUCUUUGAAAUCUAUUAUCGAGAGACAUCAUGAGGAUUUGCUAAAACUAAUUUCCAAAGACUUGGAGCUUGAAUCUGUAAACGACAUUAUCGAUUUUGAAUUAAUCCUUUAUGAUCACAAACCUUCAACUCUUGGAGGUAUUAACGAUGAAUUUGUAUUUUCAGGCCGUUUAGACAACUUAACAUCUUGUUUCACAGCUAUGCAUGGUUUAACAGAGGUAGAGAAUCUUGACCCAAAUAUGGAAAAAGGUAUCAACUUGGCGGCUAUGUUUGACCAUGAAGAAAUCGGUUCAUCUUCUGCACAAGGUGCUGAUUCUAACUUCUUACCUAAUGUCCUAGAAAGGAUUUUAACUUCAAGAGCCUUAUCAACAUCCACAGCUGAAGAAAACCCGAACUCCUGGGAAGCGCCUUCAAGCACCUUGCUACAAACUGCCGCUAAAUCCUUCUUCUUGUCGAGUGAUGUGGCACAUGCCGCACAUCCAAACUAUGCUUCAAAACAUGAGUCUCAACACAAACCACAGUUUGGCUCUGGUCCAGUUGUUAAGGUCAACGCAAAUCAAAGAUAUAUGACUAACUCUCCAGGUUUGGUUCUCAUCAAGCAGAUUGCAGAUGAAGCGAAGGUACCAUUGCAACUCUUUGUUGGUGCAAAUAAUGUACCAUGUGGUUCCACUAUUGGUCCAAUCUUAGCAUCCAAAACUGGUAUUAGAACAUUGGACAUUGGUAACCCUAUUUUGUCAAUGCACUCUAUUAGGGAAACAGGUUCCGCAAAAGAUAUCGAACUUCAAAUUAAGCUAUUUAAGCACUACUAUGAGAGAUAUUGCUCGAUCCAAGAAACCAUUGACGUUUAG